GGACAUCAUUCUCGUGGCAGCACUAGAACAGCAGCAUCAUGUCUGUGAAGGCUAUCCUCGUCCUCUGCGCCCAGGCGCUCCUCGUCAAGUCUACUUUCGGCCAAGUUUGUGGGUAUGCCGCUCCCGUAGUAACCAGCCCUUGUGGACUGGCUGCUCCCGGCCUAGCGGCUCCAUGGGCUGGUUUAGCUACUCCUUGGACUGACUUAGCUGCUCCUUACGGUCUGGCUGGCAGAGGUCUGGGUUACGAAGGCAUCAUUGGUGCUCCGACCAUGGAGUUCAGCCCCACCAGUGGUGGUGGUCUGCCUGUGACCAGUGGCUCCGCCAUCGCUCCCGUCGGUAUUUCUGUGAUGUCAGACAACGCUUACGAAGGUAUCCUGCAAGUGAUUGGAGAGCUGCCGUUUGUGGGUACUGUCGCUAUGGAAGGAGCGUUGCCUACCGUUGGUGGUGGUGCCAUCAACCAUGCCUGUGGUAAUGGAGUGAAUGCCAUGGUCAGUGAGAAUGCUGGCUUUGCUCCAGCUCUUGGUGUUGCUCCCUACGGUUCCUAUGGUUUUCCUGCAGGAUGGGCUAAUGCUGUUGCUCCCACACCAAUUGGCAACCCAGAUCUUAUUGGCUACCGAAGCGGUUGUGGCUGUGCCAAUAACUUCGCCUAUGCCAUCUAAGAUUAUUAUUGAGUUAAUUAAAUAUACAAUGUUUUAAAUCUUA